AUGACUGUAGUUCCAAACAUAAGCAUCCCUUCAGAACUCAUGGAAGUCACAGCCUUCAUGGUAGUUAGCAGCUCUGAAUGCAGUGUCACUUGUGGCUUGGGUUUCAAGGAGACAAAACAGUGUUUGGUGCUCCCUAGUGGUGAGGAGAAAAACUGCCACAUCAAGCGUGUUGAGUGUCUAAGUGAGUUUGUCUGUGGGCUAGACACAUUCACCUACCCAGUAAAAGCAAAAACAGAGCUGAACUGUGUGAACUGGGAAAUGGCAAGCAGUGGUGAGCAUAACUAUCUUUGCACGUGGAAGUUUGCAAAAGCCAUGAUCACAACAGAGGAUAAACUUUUUAUUCCUUUUAGCAGUAACUGCACCCUUGUGUUUUCUCAUACAGAAGAGAGUGAUUCUGGCACCUACAGGUGUGAUGUACAGUUGAUCAGUGGCUUUAAACUUAUCAAAAGACAGUACUUUGGGUUGAGGAUUAUCCCAUCCAACCUGAUAGAUCUCGGGCAUGACAGGUUCCUAAGCUUGUUGAAGAAAGCGGAGAAAAAUGAAAGUAAUUCUAGUCUGAUCACUGCCCCUUCAUCUACUGCCACUGCUAGUUUGCCUUGGCAUGAAAACAAAUCAGUUCUAGUUGGCAUUGGAAUGGGUGGAGGGGUGCUAUGUGCUAUGUUUAUUGGAUGGCUCCUGCGUCAUAUGUACAACCAACAAGAAACAAAAGUAGGGCUCUCAAAGGGUCCUCCAAAAAAGCUAAACAGAAGGGGUACAAUAAUCUGUAAUACAUAG